UGCUAAUUCAUGGUGUUUCUAUGUUAAUUAAGGUAAAAUGGCUAAAAUAUGUGUUCAGACUCUUAUUGUGAAAGGGUACGCUGCAGCGUGACUCCUGUGAUCAGCCACACCCAAUCGGGUUGUUCCUUCUUUUUGAUGCUGGAGAGGGAGAAAUGCAGAUAGUCGUUGCGGAGCUGCUGCCUAAACGAGUGAAAAAAUAUUAAAAAACAAGUCAGAAGCCUACAUAAAGCCAUUUUUGUACUCUGGAGAAUAUAUUUUUUGUUUUUCCGACCUGUCUUUGCCUUGGUGACGUUGUGAACAUAACCGAACGGGACUUGGCCAUUAAGGUUUGGAUCGGGAAAUGCCGAGCUAGAAUCGGAGUUUGAUCCGCUGAGCGAGAAACAAGAUGGCGAGCCACCCAGGGACCCAUUGAACUGUACCGAGCAGGAAAAAGGAAAACCGCCCCCUGCUGGACGUUGAACUCUUUCACUAAAAAACUGGUAGGAUUAAUCCAUACACCUCUGCAAAAGAACAGUGGACUUUCAAAGCAUUGGAUAAUCGUUCAGAGCAAUUCCAGGAUUUAUAGUUAAAGGACACAGAGACAAUUUUCUUUUGUUUAUUUGUUUGUUUAAGGGAUUUGUUCAGCCUUUUGCUGAAUUGUUUUCAGUUUUUACAUGUUUUUGUAAUUUAUUUUGGUCAACCUUACAUUUUAAUGCUGUAAUGGUGUUAAUGGAAAUGUAAAUAAUUUUGUUGGGUUAAAACAAAAUAAGAACUGGUUGAAAUGUACAGGUGAACUUAGACCAAGAUUAAAUUAAAUCUUGGGCUUAAAAGAACUAAGCUUGAUUUAAAUAACACAGUGUUAAUUCAAAUAGGUCAAAGGAUAAACUUGAACUUAGAACUUGAAAUGAAUAAAACAAUAACCUAGGUUGAAGAUAACAUCCUUUUAAAGCCAAAUAAGAGGUUUUGAAAUAAAUAGGAUAAAUUAACAGAAAUUACUGAACAAAAAGGGAAAGAAAAUACCUCGUUUUCUUUAAAUGUGAAUUUGAAUGUUUUAUAUAAUGUUUGUCAACUGUCUAUUAUCUGUUUUUUUUGCAAAAUAACAAGCCGGCAAUUUAAACUUAUUUUCUGGUCUGUGGUCUUUAUUACAUGCUGCACUCAUUACUACUCUAGUAGUCGAACCUAACUGGUCCUAGUGUACUGUAACGACUCCAGAAGUGUUACAGAAGUGGCGAGCCAGCCAGGAGUAGUAAUUGAUCCCCAAGCUUGUUUUCCUGACCCAGACCUCAAAAAUAGGCCAAGUCCGGCAAAAUGGAAAUAGUUGACAGAGAGAAUGUUAAAAUCCCAAACUCAGUUAUUGUUAGUGGGAUUACAGGCACAGACGCUGAUGAAGCUUUAAAAGACUUUUUAAACAGAUAUGGUCGAACAGCGAGAACCCUUAAGAUAGAUGAUCCCAAGUCUUCUUACCACAAAAAUGUUAUUGUGGAGUAUGAGAGUGGGGCUGCUCUGUCAACACUUGAACCCUUACUACCUUACACACUUGAAUGUCCGAAUGAAGUCACUUAUCAGAUACGAGCCCUGUCACCUGAGUACAUCGCAGCUGUUACCAACGUCGCCACCAACAGUUUUUUCAAUGAACUGCAAAGCAUUGCUAAACUUAGUGGCAAAUCUUUUGAAGCUGUUCUGCAUGAACACCUUUCCCAAUGUGCUCAGUCAGUCACACACAGCAUAGAAGCUCCUACCCCAGAUGCACAAAGUGAACCAACAACCCAGGUACAAGCAAAUGACCAACCUAUCCAAAGUGAAACUGCAGAACCAAUCAAAGCUAACGAACGCAUCAGCGAUUCUGAGUCAGUCAACCAGACACAACCAGAUCUACAAACUACCAUUCCACAGAGCUUUAUAACACACCCUGAGGUGCAAAAGGUUGUAGUAGAGCACAUUGUGCGAAGUGAAGCUCUUGUCUCACCAGUGAACGCCUCUUUCCGCCUCAGAAAUUUUUCAGGCAAACUGCCCUGUCCUAGUCAUGAGGUGGACUUUGAUACAUGGCGCCACAGUGUAGAGCUCCUACUUCAAGAUCCCAAUCUGUCUGACUUGCAACGCUCGCGGAAAAUCUUAGACAGUCUUGUACCGCCUGCUGCCAACGUGGUGAAACCUCUGGGCCCUGAAGCUUUGCCUUCAGCUUAUCUUGAACUACUCUAUUCAGCUUUUGGCACUGUGGAGGAUGGCGAUGAGCUUUUCGCCAAAUUCCUCAACACAUUGCAAGAUGCAGGUGAAAAGCCUUCACACUACCUCCAUCGCUUGCAAACAGCUCUCUCAGAAGCUCUGAAAAGAGGUGGUGUCGUAGCUGGUGAAGUAGACCGACACCUUCUGCGUCAAUUCUGUCGGGGGUGUUGGGAUAAUGCCUUGUUAACAGAUCUUCAGCUCGAAAGGAAAAAAGACAAACCCCCCUCAUUCACUGAGCUGCUGCUACAGUUGAGAGUGGAAGAGGACAAGCAUACUGCAAAAGAAAACCGAAUGAAAAAACAUUUUGCUGCCACCAGACCAAAAGUAGCCUCUCACUCUAUUGCUGCAAAUGCUGACUUUCCUGCGCUCACCAUGCAAAAUGAUCUAACUGAAAUGCGAACACAAAUAACUGCGCUGCAGAGUGAACUGACAAGAUUGAAACCCCAGAAAGUAGACCCACCAGUAGAUGCUCAAAAAGAUCUGGUCACAGAACUAAAGGCACAAAUCAGUCAGCUCCAAAGCCAUCUCGCAACAUUAACCCCGAACCCUCCUAGGAAAAAGUCCAACCCUCCAAAAGCUAAUGCUAAGACCAACUCUAAAGUACCAGAACAAACCCCCUUGACAUCCCAAGCUGCGAAGAGUAGGCCCAAGCCUGGAUACUGUUUCCAGUGCGGCGAAGACGGCCAUAUUGCCUCUGUGUGCCCAAAUGACCCAAACCCGUCUUUAGUCACUGACAAAAGGAAACAGUUGAAAGAAAAACAGUUACUGUGGGAUAGACAAAACAAGCAAACACAGCCUUUAAACUAAAGGGAGCCCUCAUUGUGGGACAAAUGGGUGCUACGGAUAAAACCAGUCCCACCGAACCUUCAGAUAAGCCCAAAACCGAUUCUCAAACAGUAAAUCAGCCACUGUGAAACUACCCAAAGGUCUAAUUGGAGCUAAGUACACUGCUCAAGUAAAAAUCAAUGAUCAAGCUUGCAACUGCCUUCUUGAUA